AUGAGGACCUCCACCGCUUCUCUUCUCGCUUUCGCCGUCCCCGCCUUGGCAACCGCCGGCGGCGGACCUGGCCACGGACAUGACGGCCCGAAGGGACCCGGCUGCGGAGGUGGCCCGGGUGGCCCCAAGCCUGCCCUCGUCAACUCGGAGAAGCUGCAGGCCUUGAUCAACAUCGAGGACUUGGUCGCCGGUUCCCAGAAUCUUCAAGACAUCGCCAACGCUCACGGCGGCAACCGCGCUUUUGGCGGUGGCGGCCACAACGCCACUGUUGACUACCUCUACGAGGCGCUAACGGCUCUCGACUACUACGACGUGGUCAAGCAGCCUUUCACCGAAAUCUACUCGGAGGGCAAGGGCUCGCUCACUGUCGACGGCGAGGACAUCCAGGCCGAUACCCUGACUUACACCCCCGGCGGUGAAGCUACCAAGCCGCUCGUGGCCGUCGCCAACCUAGGUUGCGAUGCCGCUGAUUACCCCGCCGAGGUCUCGGGCAAUAUCGCCUUCAUCUCGCGUGGCACCUGCCCCUUUAGCCAAAAGUCCAUCAACGCCAAGGCGGCCGGCGCUGUGGCGGCUAUCAUCUACAACAACGAGGCCGGCGAAUUGGCGGGCACUCUGGGUGAGCCGUUCAAGGAGUAUGCCCCCGUUGUGGGCAUCAGCCAAGAGGAUUCCAAGGUGAUUCUGGAGAAGCUGGCCCAGGGCGAGGUGACCGCCACGGUCAAGAUUGAUGCGUUGGUUGAGGAGCGCGUGAGCUACAACGUCAUUGCUGAGACGAAGGGCGGUGACCACAACAAUGUGCUCGUUCUCGGUGGGCACACUGACUCUGUGCCUGCCGGCCCGGGUAUCAACGACGAUGGUUCCGGUACGAUUGGUAUCCUCACCGUCGCCAAGGCACUUGCCAAGUUCCGUGUCAAGAACGCCGUGCGCUUCGCCUUCUGGAGCGCCGAGGAGUUCGGCCUGCUCGGCUCGUACUUUUACAUGAACUCGAUCAAUGGCUCCGACACCGAGGUGGCCAAGAUCCGCGCCUACCUCAACUUUGACAUGGUAAAUACAUCCAUUCCGCUCCACCCCACGACCCACGAAGCCACGCUAACAUCUGCGCAGAUCGCCAGCCCUAACUACAUUUACGGCAUCUACGACGGCGACGGCAACGCCUUCAACCUCACGGGCCCCGCCGGCUCCGAUGUCAUCGAGAAGGAUUUUGAGAACUUCUUCAAGAGCAAGAACAGCCCGUCGGUGCCCACCGAGUUCUCGGGCCGUUCCGACUACGCCGCCUUCAUUGAGAACGGUAUCCCCUCAGGCGGCCUAUUCACGGGCGCCGAGGUGCUCAAGACCGAGGAGGAGGCCAAGCUGUUCGGCGGCGAGGCCGGCGUCGCAUACGACAUCAACUACCACAAGAUUGGCGACGACAUCAACAACCUGGCGCUGGAUGCGUACCUCCUCAACACCCAGGCCAUUGCCGACUCGGUGGCCAAGUAUGCCCUCAGCUUCAAGACCCUGCCCCCGGUGGAGACGAAGACGAGGAGGUGGGAUGCCGACCGCGCCCGCAUGCUCAAGCGCAGCGGAGGGUCUCACGGCCAUGCUGGGCAUACCCAUUCGGGACCUUGCGGUGGCGGCGCCGAGAUCUAG